CCCCAGGACCUCCAGGACCAUGUCUGGAAUCCCCAGGACACCGUUCAGCAGCCCCCAGACCCCCAUCCCUUCCUUAUUUCCCACCCUCCCUCACCCCCUUCCCCUCCUCAAGGUCCUGACCGCAGCCAUCUCUCUCUGGCAGGCAGAAAAUCUGUUGCUGGACGCCGACAUGAACAUCAAAAUUGCUGAUUUUGGGUUCAGUAACGAAUUUACCUUCGGAAACAAGCUGGACACGUUCUGUGGAUCCCCACCCUACGCUGCCCCUGAACUUUUCCAAGGCAAAAAAUACGACGGACCCGAGGUGGAUGUCUGGAGCCUGGGAGUCAUCCUCUACACCCUGGUCAGCGGUUCCCUGCCUUUUGAUGGGCAAAACCUGAAGGAGCUGAGGGAGCGGGUGCUGCGGGGCAAAUACCGGAUCCCCUUCUACAUGUCCACCGAUUGUGAGAACCUGCUGAAGAAAUUCCUCAUCCUCAACCCCACCAAACGGGGUACCCUGGAGCAAAUCAUGAAGGACCGCUGGAUGAACGUGGGCCACGAGGAUGACGAGCUGAAACCCUACAUGGAGCCCGUGCCAGACUACAAAGACCCCCGGAGGACAGGUGGGGCUGUGGGGUGACACAGUAUCCCCUCUUGGGGUGGGGGGU